AUGAAAUAUAAUAAUAAAGCAGUUCAAAUUGCAGAUUUUGAUCUUACUGAUAACAAAACUACUGAUAAUGAAACCAUAAAUGAAACUACAAAUAAUAAAACUACAGAUGACAAAACUAUAGUAAUAGAUAAUAAUAAUAAUUUAUCAGAUAUAUUUUUUGCAGUAAAUGAAGAAACUAUAGCUUUAGCUCAUGAAUUAGCAGUAAAAAAAUUAGCUUCAGAAAGUGAAGAUAAUGAAUUAUUAGAAACUCUAAAUGAUGUUGAUGAUAUUUUAUUUGAAAGCUAA